AUGCCCGCUCGCCGCCCCGCUCUGCGCGUGGUGUCGCUGCUGCCGUCCGCAACCGAGAACGUCUGCGCCUUGCUGUCCGCGUGCCAGUCCUCCUCCUCCUCCUCUUUACCGUCCUCCGCUGCCGUGCCGCAGCUCGUGGGGCGCUCGCACGAGUGCGACUUCCCCACGGACGCCUCGGUGCAGCAGCUUCCGGUGCUCACGGCCGCGCGCACGGCCUUCACGAACUCCGCGGACACGCACAGCCAGGUGCGCGAGGCGCUGGCCAGCGCGUCGUCGCUCUACCACCUGGACGCCGCGCGGCUGGCGGCGCUGCGGCCCGACGUGAUCCUCACGCAGAGCACGUGCAAGGUCUGCUCCAUCGACCUGGCCAGCGUCCGCGCGGCUGUAGACAGCGGCAACGACGGCCAGCUGCAGCAACUGGUGCAGGCCCAUAAUGGAGCUGCCAGUGACGCAGCUGCUGAGGCGUGUGAGCUGCAAGCGGGCGGCCAGUUGACGCAGAUCGUGACGUGCAACCCCACGAGCCUCGAGGACGCGCUAGUGAAGCAGUUCCAGCAGCUCGGGGAGGCGCUGGGCGUGGCGGAGGUGGGGGAAGCCAUGGCCCAGCAGCACUACAGCAGACUGCAGCAGUUGAAGGAGCAGGCUAAAGUGUUUGUAGAGAGGAUAGGUAGCAAGCCGAGGGUGCUGAUGGUGGAGUGGCUCGAGCCGCUGUUCCUCGGCACGAAAGGCUGGAUGCGGGAGAUCGUGGAGGCUGCAGGUGGACACGUGGUGGAGGACCUGGAGGAUGGGGAAGAGGUGGAUGUGGUGGUCGUGGCACUGUGCGGACUGAGCCUCGACAAGACGGAGACGGAGCUGCUGGAAGGACGGGUCGGGGACUGGUGGACGUCGUUGCUGAAGGGUGAAGCGCAGCCGAAGGUGUUUAUUGUGGACGGCACGUCCAUGUUCACCCGUCCGACGCGGCGGCUUCUGGUGGCGCUGGAGUGGCUCGUGCACGCGCUGCAUGAGUCGGAGAGCAGCUGGAUGAAGGACUCGACGUUCCCGUACAAACUCUUCGACACGUCGCUGGUUGCGAGUGGUUCAAAGGCUGAGAAGAACAAGUCGGCGGAGAUGCUGGAGAUCGAGGAGCUGCAUCGGGCUGCGUGCGCCAACAAGCAGGCCAUGUACACGGACCCAGCCACGGGCUACUCCGUUAUGACGGCGUACAUCUUGAAGGAGCGGCAGGUUUGUUGUGGCAAUGGGUGUCGUCAUUGCCCCUACGGCCAUGCGAACGUCAAGGACCCGUCUCGGCGCAAGAACACGCUGGCUGGCAACGUCUUCUUACAGCCGCGUCGUCGCUCACGCGGUUUCGCGAAGGGAUCCCCGGGCGGCCAAAUGCUCUGGCCCGAAGGUGCUGAUGCUGGCUCUGAUGCGCAGAACGAUCUCGUGGUCAUGUUCUGGAGCGGCGGGAAGGACUCGUUCUUGGCGCUGGGUGCUUUGUAUGAGUCGUAUGCUGCUGAACAGAAGGCUAUGCCUCGCGUUGUGCUGCUCACAACCAUCGACCCGAAGACAAAUGUCGUCCCUAUCCAAGACAUCUCCUCCCAGACUAUCGCCGCGCAGGCCGAAGCUCUGGAGCUUCCUUUGUGCCUCGUUGCUGUGGGACUGGGAGAUGAGUACACGGCUGCACUGAGGAGCGCACUCCGCGAAAUUCCGGAGCACAUGAAGCGAACGAAGAAGUCAAGCAAGAGCCACGAGCAGAACGGAGCGGUUUCGAUGGUAUCGUCCCUUGUAUUUGGCGAUCUCCACCUGGACGAUAUCAGGGCUUGGCGCGAGCAGACGUUCAGCCAAGACUACAAACUGCGCUUCCCCGUGUGGAAGAAGGAUUACGAGUCGGAGCUGUUGCCAUCGCUGGAGCGGCUCUGCUCCAAGACGGGCGCCAAGAUUUACCUGUCGAGUAUCGACAAGGACCAACUCGCUUCCAAAGGCAUUGGCGCGGACUGGCAGGUGGGCCAGGAGUACGACUGGGAACUGGUCCAGAAGUGUAACAAGGCUGCUGUUGAGGAUGCGAAGCGCGUGGAUCUCAUGGGGGAGUGCGGCGAGUUCCACACUCAGUACUACCCGAUGCAGCAUUUUUCAUCGAGCGGCAUUUCGAGGUUUGCCAAGACCCCCACAAGCGAGACCCAGUUUAGUCGCGUGGUGACCGUCAUUCUGAGCAAGCCGGAGCUGGUGCCUGCAGAUGCAGCCGCCUACCAGCGCGUUGAAACACCCCGCGCUGUUGCUGUCGAUGUGAGUGGAGAGCCCAAGCAGCUGGACACGUCGAACCACGGCACGAGCAGCGACUCUGCCAAGGAACCGGACCUUCGUCAUGAAAUGAUACAUGAUGGCCCAACCUCCUUCAACUUCACCAACUUGUAUCGCUACGCCACGACGUUCGACAAAGUUCUACUCGCGAUCGGUAUCGUCACGACUGGAGCCAAUGGUGCCUUAUUCCCGCUCAUGGCCAUUGUCUUCGGCAAUGUGCUGACGGGCUUCACCACCACGCCCGUGGAUAUGGACACAGUCAACAGCGCGGCUCUCGACUAUCUGUACAUCGCCAUCUUCCUGUUCAUCACAGACUACGUCUCGGGCGAGGCGCUCAAGCACACGCUGUACAUGGACAUCAGCUGGUACGACGCGCACGACGCAUUGCAGUUGUCGAGUCGGCUGACGGGCGACACGUUUGUCGUGGGUUUCGCCAUUGGGUUCGCGCGUGGCUGGGAUAUCACGUUGGUGAUGGCGUGUGUGAUGCCUGCCAUGGCCCUUUCGCUCAGCUGGAUGAUCAAGACGUUCACCAUCAUGUCGGACUUUGCACAGAAAGUGUAUGCUGAGGCUGGAUCGGUGGCGGAGGAGACGUUGGGCUCUAUCCGUACUGUGGCUUCGUUGAAUGGAGAGCAGAAAGCAAUUGAGAAGUUCGAGAGCAAAAUUCACAAGGCGGAGACGAAGAACAUCAAGCUGAACAAGGUGGCGACAGUGGUGUACGCGCUGUUCCUGGCCAGCAUGUGGAUCAUGUACUCGGUUGGACUCUGGUACGGCGGCUGGAAGGCUUCAAAAGAAGAAUCAACACCGGGGGACGUUUUCGCUGCCUUCUUUGGUGUCAUGAUGGGAACAGGUUCUCUUGGCCAGGUUUCCCCGAGUGUUUCUGCUGUGGCUAAGGCCGCUGGCGCUGCUGAGGAACUGUUCGCAAUCCUGGACACUGCGAGCGCUAUCGAUGCGGAGAAGGAAGAUGAGGGAAUCAUUCCUGACACGUGCGAAGGCAAGAUCGAAGCGGUCAACGCCAACUUCACGUACCCAAGCCGCCCGGACGCUCAGAUCCUGCGUGACUACAACGUCACCAUCGAGCCUGGUCAGACGGUGGCUUUCGCUGGCGCCAGUGGCGGUGGCAAGAGUACGCUGAUUGCCCUGAUCGAGCGCUUCUACGACCCCACCAGCGGCACCAUCUACCUCGAUGGCCGCGAUGUCAAGACGCUGAACGUCAAGUGGCUGCGCUCGCAGAUCGGCAUGGUGUCGCAGGAGCCGGUGCUGUUCGCCACCACCAUCUUCGAGAACAUCGCCAUGGGCGGCGACAACGUGACCCGUGAAGAGGCCAUCGAGGCGUGCAAGCUGUCGAACGCGCACAACUUCAUCAUGUCGUUGCCGGAGCAGUACGACACGCUGGUGGGCGAGAAGGGCGUGUCUCUGUCUGGCGGCCAGAAGCAGCGAGUCGCCAUCGCGCGUGCCAUCGUGCGCAAGCCGAACAUUUUGGUGCUGGACGAGGCCACGAGUGCGCUGGACAACGAGAGCGAGAAGAUCGUGCAGGCUGCGCUGAACAACCUGAUGGCCACGACCAACAUGACGACUCUCGUAAUUGCCCACCGUUUGAGCACCAUCCGCCACGCCGACAAGAUCGUGGUGCUGAACGAGGGCCACAUUGUGGAGAGCGGCACGCACGACGAGCUGUUGAAGAUCGAGCGCGGUAUCUACCAGAACAUGUACCGCAUCCAGGAGUUGCGAUCGCAGGAGGAGCAGCAGGAGGCCAAGAAGCGCGAGGCGGAGAACGAACUCGAGAUGAGUGCGGUGGAGAUGAACUUCUUGGACAAGAAGCCGUUCAACCUCUUGGAUUUACUGAAGCUCAACGGACUUGCGCUCAACCACUUUUUCUUUGGUCUGAUCGGAUCAUGCGUCGGAGGGAUUGCGGUGCCAGCUUCAGCUCUAUUGAUCACGGGUAUGAUCACGUCUAUGACUGAACAGUACGCGCGCUACGAGAGCGUAGGGGACAGAUCUCACCUUACAACCCUGUACAAUGACGUCGAGCUGUACGGCAUCCUGUACCUCGUUGGCGCCGCAGUGAUCGCGAUCUUCACGUACCUGCAAAUGUACUGCUUCAAGUACAUGGAGGAGAAGAUCACCACACACUUGCGCACUGCCAAUUUCAGGGGCUUGUGCCGACAGAACGUUGGAUUCUUCGACGAGAAGGAGAACGCCACCGGUGCGUUGACAGAGGUUCUGGCCACGAAUGCCACCAAGGUUUCCCUGAUGUCUGGAGAGUCUCAAGCUGCGUUUACCCAAGCUGUCUUCACUUUGAUCGCUGCCCUUGUGAUUUCCUUCGGGUUCGGGAGUUGGCUGCUAUCGUUGAUCUUGCUGGCGCUGAUCCCCUUGCUGAUUUUCGGUGAAGUAGCGCGUAUGAAGGAGAUGGAUGGCGCCGGUUUAAUUUCUGACGACUUGGCUAUCCCCGGGGCCCACGCGUCAGAAGUUCUCGCCAAUAUUCGCACGGUUGCCGCUUUGGGUAUCGAGAAGAACUUCCCUUUCGACACUCUGCUUCAAGAACCACUUCGCAAGGGCAGGAAGGAAGCGCAGGUGAACGGCUUGUCGCUGGGAUUCAGCUCUUUCAUCAUGAUGGCGACGUAUUCGCUGGUGUUUUGGUUUGGUGCCAAGAAGGUGAAUGACGGCACUGUUGGUUUCGCCGAGAUGAUGCGGACGUUGAUGGCUAUCACGAUGUCGAUCCAGACUGUCAGUUUUGCCUCCAGAUUCUUGACGGACGGACCCAAGGCGUUCAGGGCUGGCUCGACGAUUUAUGCUAUCCGCGACCGCGUCGCCCCCAUCGAUUCCUUCAGCUCCAAUGGACGCAGUCUAGCCAAGGUUGAGGGCCGUCUCGAGUUCAAGGACAUCUCGUUCCGAUACCCCACCCGUCCGGAGAUCAACGUGCUCAAGAACUACACCCUCACCAUUGAACCUGGUCAGACUGUGGCGUUCUGCGGCCCGAGCGGUGGAGGCAAGAGCACUAUCAUCUCGCUCAUCGAGCGGUUCUACGACCCCGUGGUGGGCGACGUGCUGCUGGACGGCCACAACAUCAAGGACCUGAACCUCAACUGGCUGCGCAGCCAGAUCGGCCUGGUGGGUCAGGAGCCCACGCUCUUCAUCGGCACCAUCGCCGAGAACAUCGGGUAUGGUCUGGCAGAGCAGCCGAGUCAGCAGGAGAUCGAGGAGGCCGCGAAGAUGGCGAACGCGCACGACUUCAUCACGCAGUUCCCGGACGGCUACGAAACGCAGGUGGGCAUGAAGGGCGAGCAGUUGUCUGGCGGCCAGAAGCAGCACAUCGCCACCGCGUGUGCGAUCCUGAAGAACCCCAACAUUCUGCUGCUGGACGAGGCCACGAGCGCUUUGGACUCGGAGAGCGAGAAGGUGGUGCAGGAGGCUCUGGACAAGGUGGUGGCGCUGAAGCGGCGGACUACGAUCGUCAUUGCUCAUCGGUUGUCAACGAUUCGUCGCGCGGACAAGAUCUGCGUGGUGAGCGGUGGCAAGAUCGCGGAGCAGGGCACGCACCAGGAACUGCUGCAACUGAACGGCAUUUAUGCUAACUUGGUAGAGUCAGCUACUGCUUAG